UGGAGGAGUACACGGCAGCGGUGUUUAUAUGUACAGACUGUGGAGCUUAAAGUGAGGAUGUGCUGUGCUGGUUGUGAGAGGGUGGUUAAACGUGCUCUCCGUAAGCUUAGAGGCGUGGACUCGGUGGAGGUGGAGGUUGAGAUGGAGAAGGUGACGGUGACCAGAUACGUGGACCGGAAUAAGGUGUUGAAGGAGGUUCGGCGGAGCGGGAAGAAGGCGGAGUUCUGGCCCAACCCCGACUGGCCCCUCCACUUCACGAUCGCGGAGGAGUACUUCCGCGAUGAGGAGGCUUUUCGGGACAGCUAUAACUAUCGCCGGCACGGGUACAACGGAGACAGGCAUGGCCGUCUCCUGGCGCCGCUGCUCGGCGACGAGCGCGCCAGCAACUUGUUCAACGACGACGACGUCAAUGCAUGCAGCGUCAUGUAG